AUGUCAGACGCUCUCUCCGCGAUUCCCGCCGCCGUUCACCGCAAUCUCUCCGAUAAACUCUACGAGAAGCGCAAGAAUGCUGCGAUUGAGAUUGAGACUACAGUGAAGAAUUUAAUAGCUGCGGGUGACCAUGACAAGAUCUCCAAAGUCAUUGACGUGUUGGUUAAGGAGUUUGCAAAAUCACCUCAAGCUAAUCAUCGCAAGGGUGGACUUAUUGGCUUAGCUGCUGUAACUGUUGGUUUAGCUUCAGAAGCUGCUCAAUACCUUGAGCAAAUAGUGCCACCUGUGAUUGCCUCCUUUAUCGAUCAAGAUAGCAGAGUUCGGUACUAUGCAUGUGAAGCUCUCUAUAACAUUGCAAAGGUUGUGAGAGGGGAGUUCAUUGUUUUCUUCAAUAAGAUUUUUGAUGCUUUAUGCAAACUCUCAGCUGAUUCUGAUGCCAAUGUCCAAAGUGCUGCUCAUCUUUUGGAUCGCCUUGUUAAGGUAAACAAAACUGAUAUUGUUAACUUCAAAGAACUCACGUUUUUGGCAUUUGGAUUUUUCAGUAUUGAGGAAUUUAUCCCCUUGUUGAAAGAUCGCAUGAACGUUUUGAACCCUUAUGUGCGACAAUUUCUGGUAGGAUGGAUCACUGUUCUUGACAGUGUUCCAGACAUUGAUAUGCUUGGGUUUCUGCCGGACUUUCUUGAUGGUUUAUUCAAUAUGUUGAGCGACAAUAGUCAUGAAAUACGACAGCAAGCUGAUUCAGCUCUGUCAGAAUUUCUUCAAGAGAUAAAAAAUUCACCAUCUGUAGAUUAUGGUCGCAUGGCUGAAAUACUGGUGCAGAGGGCUUCUUCUUCUGAUGAAUUCACUCGGUUAACGGCCAUCACAUGGAUAAACGAGUUUGUAAAACUCGGAGGUGACCAGCUCGUGCGUUACUAUGCUGAUAUUCUUGGAGCUAUAUUGCCUUGCAUAUCUGACAAAGAAGAAAAAAUCAGGGUGGUUGCUCGUGAAACCAACGAAGAACUUCGUUCAAUCCAUGUUGAACCCUCAGAUGGUUUUGAUGUCGGUGCAAUUCUCUCUGUGGCAAGGAGGCAGCUAUCAAGCGAUAAUGAGGCUACUCGAAUUGAAGCCUUGAAUUGGAUAUCAACACUUCUGAACAAGCAUCGUACUGAGGUCCUGUGCUUCCUGAAUGACAUAUUUGACACACUGCUAAAAGCACUAUCUGAUUCUUCUGAUGACGUGGUGCUCUUGGUUCUGGAGGUUCAUGCUGGUGUAGCAAAAGAUCCACAGCACUUUCGCCAUCUCAUCGUCUUUUUAGUCCACAAUUUUCGAGCUGAUAAUUCUCUAUUGGAAAGGCGUGGUGCCAUUAUUGUCCGGAGAUUGUGUGUACUUUUGGAUGCCGAAAGAGUCUAUAGAGAGCUCUCAACUAUACUCGAGGGAGAAGAUAAUCUUGACUUUGCUUCAACCAUGGUUCAGGCAUUGAAUUUGAUUUUGCUUACAGCCCCAGAGUUAUCAAAACUAAGAGGUCUUCUAAAAGGUUCACUCGUCAAUCGCGAAGGGAAAGAACUUUUCGUUGCCUUGUACGCUUCGUGGUGCCAUUCUCCUAUGGCCAUUAUAAGCCUCUGCUUAUUAGCUCAGGCGUACCAGCACGCGAGUGUCGUGAUUCAAUCAUUGGUAGAAGAAGACAUAAACGUCAAAUUUCUUGUACAGCUUGAUAAAUUGAUCCGGCUUCUCGAAACUCCAAUCUUUACUUACCUUAGAUUGCAGCAAAGUGCGGCGUUUAAGAUACUUAGGACAAGGCUCAAAACUGUCCCAACAUACUCAUUCAGUGGCGGAGAGCAAAUAAGCAGAGCAUCUUCAGGAGUUCCUUUCUCUCAGUAUACGAAUCAUCACGAGGACGAUGAUGCAGAAGACAUUAAUAUCAGCAGUUCCCACCAAGGGAUCAAUUUUGCUGCACGGCUGCAACAAUUUGAGAAUGUACAGAGUCAGCAUCGUGUUCAGGCAAGGAAUAAUGUCAAGUACACAUAUACCACUUCCUCUUCGUCUACAUCAAAGGAGGUGAAGAGAUCUGAAGAAGAAGACGAAGAACAACAACAUAAACCACCACCUUCCUCAAGAUCAUCAUCAGUUGCAGACAACAGUCGACCUCCAUCAAGAUCCUCAAGAAAAGGCCCUGGUCAGUUACAGCUUUAA